AUGGUUCCCUGGAGCGUAUACCAACAGUGCCAGCAGUCACAGACUGUGACUUCGGAAUUGGCAAAAGAUACGACGCAGUGCCCGACCGAGGUUUUUGAAUCCUUGUUCUCGCGUCAUCACCAUCAUAGCCACGAAAAAUCGGAGUCGGAUGGUGUCAAGGAGUUUGAGCAGAAAGAUGAACUUCAAAAAGCGCGGGAAUGUGGGAAGUGGGGAACCGCAGAGCCGAGCCCCCUGUUUCUGCAGAUCUACCACGAUGCGCUAUGUUCUCUGGAUAAGAAGCCCAUGGCGGGAGUGGUUUCUCCCCCAUUGAUGGGGAGCUCCGGAGUCGUCCCGUUGACUAUUGUCGCGCCAUUGCCUGAUCUGAUUCGUCAUCUAGCGAAUUGUAUCGUAAGAACCGAGCAUGAAUUGUUUUUGGCCACGAACUUUUGGGUUCACUCAGAUGCAUCGACGCUGGUGACGAACGCAUUGCGGGAACUGUCAAGGCGAGCUGGGGAGAGGGGGAAGAAGGUCAUCGUCAAAAUGCUGUACGACAGGGGGGACCCUCGUCAGGCCUGGGAGAACCAUCUCACUGUCAAGGAAGAGCAAUGGACUAGCGACAAAAUCAACAUCCCUCCGUCAAAAGAGAUCCCCAAUCUCGAUCUUCAAGUGGUCAACUAUCACCGUCCUGUCUUUGGAACAUUUCACUCCAAGUUUACUGUUAUCGACCGACGCAUUGCCCUGUUGCAAAGUAGUAACAUUCAGGAUAAUGACAAUCUUGAGAUGCUGGCUCAUAUAGAAGGUCCUAUUGUUGAUUCAUUCUACGACACUGCAUUGUUGUCAUGGGGCAAGCCGCUCGACCCUCCGCUACCUCUACUCGAGUCCCCCGCCGCAUCUGCGCCGAUUUCGUGGCAUGGAAAAAAGGGAAAUGCAACCGGUAACGAGAAUGAGACCCUUGAAGAACAUACAACAAAGUCCCCUCACUACGAUUCCACCCUUGACGACGAGGCACGGAGAGUCAAUGGCACCGUCGAACCGCGUGGUGACGAAACAGCUACUCAGGCUGUGAGCCGCCAUCUCAACACCACUAUCCAACCAGACACAACGGGGAACGCACCCGACAGCGACCAGGUGGAUCGAAUGACCCCGUACGUCGUCAUGCCCCCCCAGGAACCAUUUGCAAUCGCUCUUGUAAACCGAGAACCAUAUGGAUCUCCAAACCACAGCGAUGUCCAUGUUCCUCAAAAUUCAGCCUUCCUCUCUGCCAUUAACCAUGCACAGCACUCAGUUCUCAUCCAAACCCCAAACAUGAAUGCGGAGCCCCUGCUUGAUCCACUCCUAAAAGCUGUCCGUCGCGGUGUAACGGUUACUGCCUACUUGUGUCUAGGCUACAAUGACGCGGGCGAGCUGCUCCCAUUCCAAAACGGAACCAACGAGAUGAUUUCCAAUCGACUGUAUAGAAGUCUUGAGACUGAUGAAGAGAAGUCUCGACUGAAGAUCUUCUACUACGUUGGAAAAGACCAGAUCCAGCCGAUUCACAACAAGUUCAAGCGCCGCAGUUGUCACAUCAAGUUGAUGGUUAUCGACGAGAAGGUUGCUAUACAGGGCAAUGGAAAUCUCGAUACCCAAUCAUGCUUCCACAGCCAGGAGGUGAACAUGCUCAUUGAUUCGGAAAUUGUCUGCAAGAAAUGGAUCGAGGUAAUUAACCGCAAUCAAAACACUUCUAAGUACGGCGCUUCCAGCACCGAGGACGGCUGCUGGCAUGAUCCAGUCACAGGAAAGAUCCCUGACGGUUCUAUUGGAACCGAUCCCGGGCAUUUCAGCUGGGCCAGAGGAAUUGUUGGUGCUGUCCAGCGAGUCAGGGGAGCAGGAGGAUUUUGA